AUGGCGGAAAAGCUGUCUGUUUCGAACGACAAGGGUGGCGCAAGCAUCCCAGUGGUUUCAGAAACGCAAGGCCACAACACGAUCCAUGUCGUCCCUCGUGGUGAGGAGCUUGCAGAUGACUCUUCUCUCGAGAACGAGAUCGUCGGCUACGAUGCUGAGCGCAUGAAGGCUCGCACUCUCCUGACUGAGGCCGAGGAGAAGAAGCUUAUGCGAAGAGUCGAUUGGCAUCUCAUGCCAUUGUGCAGUAUAAUGUUCUUGCUCAAGAAUAUGGACUAUCAGAAUGCGGCCAAUGCUCGUAUCAUGAACAAAGGAACUGACCAGAACAUCUUAACCCAACUCCAUCUGACCUCCAAUGAUUACAAUUUCAUCUCCACCAUUUACUAUAUACCUUACAUCAUCUUUGAGGCCCCUAGCAACUUGUUCAUAAAGAAGAUGCUUCCUUCUCGAUGGCAGUCCCGCAUUGUGGUCUCCUGGGGUAUUGCGAUCGCCUGCCACGCUGCUGUUACCAGCAAGGCUGGUCUCUAUGCAGCUCGCUUCUUCCUGGGAAUGUGUGAAGCGGGCAUGUUCCCCGGUGUGUUACUGCAAAUGGUGUAUUGGUACCGUCCCGACGAAAUGUCGAUCCGUCUCCUUUACUUUUAUGCCUUGGGAAACUUCUCCAACGUCAUCAGUGGUGUGUUGGCGUACGCUUUCGACACAAUAUCUGGGAGGGAUGGGCUCUCUGGAUGGCAAUGGUUAUUCCUCGUGGAAGGAGUCAUCACAAUUGCGUUCGGCAUUGCGCUUUUCUUCCUCUUGCCAGACUUUCCGAAGCAAGCCAAAUGGCUCAGCGACAAGGAAAAGGCAUUCAUUCAAGCCCGCUUACCUGCAAACGCCCCUCGCGCAGAAGAAAUGAAUUUUAGCUUCCGCGAAAUCCUCACGGCCUUGAAGGACAAGAGAAUGUGGUUGUUCACGCUCGUGUGGGCAACGAUGACUGUUGGCACGACGGGUCUGACAUUCUACCAGCCAACUGUCAUUGCAAAUUUGGGAUUUACGUCGAUUGCGAAAAGCCAACUCCUGAACAUACCGACCUCAUUUCUCUCCAUCAUGAUAAUCGCCAUCUCUGGAUACUUCGCGGACAGUGCCUGGUUGCCUCGCCCUAUAAUCCCGAUCGGGUUCCUCGUAUCCAUCUUGGCAUGUUACAGCGUGCUGUACACGUUUCCAAGCAACGGUGGUGUCUACGCGGCGACCGUCCUGGCCAACUCCUUUGCGCAGAGCUGGUACCCAUUGAUGUGGCCGUGGCGAGUCCAAACCACCUCUCGUGCAACGGGGUCUGCCUUUGCUAUCGGAUUUGUCAACAGCUACGGCCAGAUUGGUGGAGCCAUCGGACCACAAAUCUUCCAGUCGAAAUACGCACCCCACUAUACCGUGUCCUUUGCCAUCGCCAUGGCGAUCAUCGGCGCCUGUAUUGUGAUCACCUCUAUCACGUGGUGGAUUACUAGGGAGACCGAACGGCAGACGAGGAGAAUAAAGAAGUUGCGUAUGACGGCUGCGAAGAGGGGGGAGUCGGUGCUGGAUGAUGUCGAUGCGAAUGCCGAUGGGAAGAGAAAGGAAGGGGUGGGUGAUCCAGCUUAG